UUUUUAACACCUUAUCCUUCCUCACUCUUCUUUUCUUUCUCUAAUGUUAAGAGAUCCUGUGUUUUCCACUUGUUCAACUUGUACUUGCUUUCUGAAUCUCUCAUUGCCCUUUACUUCAUUUUCUCAACAUGGGUUGGCAUUGUUUUGAAAUCAAUGCAAAAACUCACAUUUGUAAUGUUUCAACUGCAUGGUUCUUCUUGACCCAUUACUUGUUUAGUUCUCACUUUGUAUGAUUCCUUGCUGUUUUUGGAGUUUGCUUGGUGGGAAUGAAACUUAUCUAUGCUUUGUCAUAUCGAGGCUCAAAUAAAGCAUUCAUUGGAGUGAAUAUUGGAACCGAUCUCUCAGACAUGCCACACCCUACUCAAGUAGUAGCUCUACUUAAAGCACAGCAAAUUCGUCAUGUUCGAUUGUAUGAUGCUGACCAAGCUAUGCUCCUUGCACUUGCAAAGACAGGAAUUCAAGUUGUUGUGACUGUCCCUAAUGAAGAGCUUCUAGCAAUUGGUCAAUCGAAUUCCUCAGCUGCGAAUUGGGUUUUCCGCAAUGUGGUAGCUCAUUUUCCAGCCACCAACAUCACAGCCAUUUGUGUUGGUUCUGAUGUUUUAACUACCCUCCCCAAUGCAGCAAAAGUACUUGUCAAUGCUAUCAAAUACAUUCACUCAGCCCUUGUGGCAUCCAAUCUUGAUCGCCAAGUUAAAGUUUCAACACCCCUUUCAUCUUCCAUCAUCCUUGAUUCAUUUCCACCUUCUCAAGCUUUCUUUAACCGUUCGCUCAAUCCGGUUUUAGUCCCACUACUGGAAUUCUUGCAAUCCACCGGUUCUUAUCUGAUGCUAAACAUAUACCCUUACUAUGACUACAUGCAAUCAAAUGGAGUGAUUCCAUUAGACUAUGCACUCUUCAAACCUCUCCCUCCGAACAAAGAAGCCGUUGACUCCAACACCCUUCUCCACUACACCAAUGUCUUUGAUGCCAUGGUUGAUGCCGCAUACUUUGCCAUGGGUUUUCUAAAUUACACCAACAUUCCUGUAGUAGUGACCGAGUCGGGCUGGCCCUCAAAAGGUGGCUCCAAUGAACCUGAUGCAACGGUUGACAAUGCCAAUACUUACAACAGCAAUUUGAUCAAGCAUGUUUUUAACAAAACUGGAACUCCAAAACACCCUGGAAUUGGUGUUAGUACUUACAUCUAUGAGCUCUACAACGAGGAUAUGAAAUCGGGGCCGCUGUCAGAGAAGAAUUGGGGACUGUUUGAUGCCAAUGGGACACCUAUUUACAUUUUACACUUGACAGGAUCAGGGGCAGUCCUAGCAAAUGAUACCAGCAAUCAAACUUUCUGCAUUGCAAAGGAUGGUGCUGACCCGAAAAUGCUUCAGGCUGCACUAGAUUGGGCAUGUGGACCUGGGAAAGUGGAAUGCUCUCCAUUGCUACAAGGGCAACCAUGCUAUGAACCAGACAAUGUCAUUGCACAUGCAAAUUAUGCCUUUGACACUUACUAUCAUAAGAUGGGAAAGACUCCUGAUGCAUGUGACUUCAAUGGAGUGGCUACAAUCUCCACCUCAGAUCCAAGUCAUGGUUCUUGUGUAUUUCCUGGAAGUCUUGGCAAAAAUGGUACCUUAGGUAACUUCACAGCUCCAUCCAUGAAUUCUACCAAUUCAGAUUCCUCAGCCUACAACCUUCGCAGCUGUGACUUGAGAAUUAGAAGCCUUCUAAUGGUAACUGGGUUUCUAGUAUGGGGAGUGGUUUUGCUAUAAAGUGGUAUAUUUCAGAACGUGUUACUUGAAAAUUUUUGUGGUAGAUGAUAAUGCUGCUACAUAGUCGUCUUAGCAGCAUUGUCUUGUUCAUAGUGGUCCAUUCAAUUUUGUACAAAAACCAUCCAAGGGUUUGGUCUGAAUGAGGCUGCAACUGAAUCACAUUAUUAUUAUUCUUUUUCAAUUAGAAUUGUUUCAAUAUU